AUGUUCUUGCGCGUAGUGCCAGCGUGUGUGUUGAGGGUGUUCACCCCGCAGGAGGCUCCUUACAUAGAUGCUGCUGGUAUUCGACACCGUCGCCGCAUGUACAACAAGGGCAAAGAGAAGGGCGCGAAGAACGGGGGCGACAAAGGAAAGGGUAAUGAUGACGAGAAGGGUGACGACAAGGGCAAAGGCAAAGAUAAGGAUAAGGACAAGGACAAAAGCAAGGGCAAGGAUAAAGACAAGGACAAAGACAAGGACAAAGACAAGGACAAAGGUAAAGACAAGGACAAAGACAAGGAUAAAGGCAAGGACAAGGACAAGGACAAGGGUAAAGAUAAGGGCAAGGGAAAGGACAAAACCCUGCUUCCUGACGGGCUCAGCAGCCCUCGUGUGUUCAAAACACACGAGGUGCCGAACAAUGCUCCAUGGAUAGGGGGCAUGGACGCGAUCGGAGGGCAAAAGAUAAUUGUUGUUGCAAGGAACCCGAAAGACACAGUGAUAUCGUGGUUCAAGCAGCAGCAGAUGCUAGCAGAGGACUUCUUCGAGAAGCCCGCCGACUCCGUUACCCUUGAGGAUGAGAUCAGGAAGUUUUUCAAGGAGGCGAGAUCAGCGACCCUGACAUCGAGCCGGGCGACUUCUGGGACUUUCACAUAG